AACAGUUGGAGGUAGGUGAGCGUGCUGGAGGUUGAUGAGAGGAGGCGGGUGGGAGGGAAUACUAAUGAUUAUGAUGAUAAGAAGGAGGAUACUCGUCUCCCCCUGACGGACAGUGUAGGGAAUGGGGGAUCAUCAGGCGACGGGUGACCCCGGGUGCCCGUGCGGCGAGAGCUGGUUACCGGACCACCCUCCCUCCGCCGCCCCUGGGAACAGCGAGGGGGAGGAGGUGGUGUUGAAGCCACCGGCGGAGAGCUGUCCCCCGCGCCAAACGUCGACUGAGGGGCACGGUGUCCACAGAGAGCGCAAGAGGAGACACCGGAGGCGACCGUCCAAGAAGAAGCGUCGCUGGAAGCCCUACUUCAAGCUAUCUUGGGAGGAGAAGAAACAGCUGGAUGAGAGAGAGAGCGUACGGGCGGCCAAGACCCGGGCCGAGAUGUUCGCGAAAGGUUUCACCGUGGCUCCUUACAACACCACCCAGUUCCUCAUGGAGGAACACAACCAGGAGGAGCCCGACCUCAACACCGGCGUCUGCCCUAAACGUGUCAACAAGUCGGAUGAGACGAGCGAGGAAGAAGAGCUGGAAGAGGAGGAUCAGGACAGCGGCAGUGAUGGCAUGGGAGGCAACGGCAGCGAAUUCCUGCAGAGAGACUUCUCCGAAACUUACGAGAAGUAUCACGCAGAGAGCCUGCAGAACAUGACCAAGCAGGAGCUGAUUCGGGAAUACCUGGAGCUGGAGAAGUGUCUGUCCAGGCUGGAAGACGAAAAGAAUCGACUGAGGGGCCGGCUUGAAUGCAUGAAGGCAAGAAGCGCCGACGCUGCGGAAAUACAAAUGAAAGAGAUCGAACACGAAGUGGAGAUGUUGAAGGCUGAAAAUGAGAGACUUGAGAAAGAAAAUGAACAAUACAAACAAGAAAGAUAUUUAGAGGGCGGAGAAUAAAAUUUGGACGUUACAUUGAUAUAAUGUAAAUAUUUUAAUUCAUUUAAGCGUUUUAUAAAGAUGCAUUGGAAGAACACCUUACCCGCCCAGUAUUGUUGCUUGUGCCACAUGUGUAAAUUUGUGCUAAACUUUUUAUGUGCAACUUUAGCUUAAUUGUCUUUGAGAUCACAAUAUACAAUGUUUGUCUCGUUACUGUAAAAGUUUUGACGUAUUUUAUCUAGUGUUGUACAUCUUUAAAAUGACAUCUAACCAAUGAAGAAUAAAUAAUACUUAAGUAAAAUGAA